AUGCCACCGAAAGGCAAAAAAGGAAAAUUGGAAAAGAACAAAUCCAAAGAAAAACAAGAAAUUGUACGACCAUCUGAAAAAGAAAUUGUUUUACAAACAGAGCUCGAUAAUAAAGUAAAAGAAUUAGCCGAAAUAAAAUUACGUGCUCAUGCAUUUGAAGAAGAAAAUCAUUGGCUUAAUGAAGAAGCAAAGAAAAUUCGAAUCGAAAUGGACGAAUAUAUGCAUUUUAUGUCAAAAAAGACAAAUCUUCGACAAACAAAAAUUGUAACAUUAACUGAUUAUCAUCGAAAAGAAAUUGAAGAUAUUAAUCGAGAUAAAGAAAAUAUGUUAAAAGAAUAUAAACAAAAGAAAGAAGAAUUACGAUUACAAAUAAUUGAAAAAGGACAAUUAUUAAUACAAGUAAAAAAUGAUUUAGAAGCUAUGAAUGAAUACAAAUUAAUUCAAGAACAACAAAAUAAUGAAAUCAAGCGUUUACAAAAUGAAAUAACACAAAUACGUAGUCAACAUGUUAGUGGAAUCUCUCGUAUGAAAUUAACUCAUGCUGAAGAACUUCAACAACAACGUACCAUUGAAAAUGCUAAAAUUGAAGAAAUUCGACAACAAGCUGAUCAGGAAGCUGAACAAUUUCUUUAUGAUCAAACAUUAAAUAUUCAAAAUGAAAAUGUUGAAUUAAGAAAAGCAUUACAAGACAUGCUUAAACGAACACAACUAUUAAAUGAUUUAAAACAACGUUUAGAAGAAGAACAAUUACAUUUGAUAAAUCGAAUUAAGUUAACUGCUGAUCUUAGAAAAAUACGUUUGGAUAAAGUAUCAACCAAUAUACCCGAAGAUUUGUCUUAA